GGGAGACACACUGCAAGUCCUCACGGGCUGGACAUGGCACGGCCACUCCUGGGAGCAACGACAACCCCUCUCGGGUAUGGGGCCCCCCUCAGGCCCUGAUCUUCUAUACACGCAGAGGGGCACGGGAUAGAUGAGCCCCAGGCCGUUCCGAGCCGAGGAACCUCCUGCACUAUUGAGGUCUACAAGUCCCCCGGGGACUAACUCUUACCUGUCCCUCAGCUCACCUUGUUCAUCCAGCCAAAACUCACCAUGUCCUAUACCACCAGCACCACCAGAACAAGCGAAGCGCAAACAGAUGCCGCAAUCAGCCAGAACAGGGAAUCCAACGAACCAAGAACCUUGCAGCAACAGCUACCCGACACCGACCCCGAGGGCGAAGAAUUCCUUACUCACAAUGGCUCGCCAACAGGCCUCGAACCAGUUAACAACCCACCGACGUGGCCGACAGACCACCGUCGUGUGCCGCCUUACAGAGCUCCGGUGGUCAACCCAGCCUGGAGCCGGAUUGCCGGAGAUACAGUAGCAAUUCGCACGUUUAUGUGGACGAUGCUGAGCGGCUGCCAACUGCUCCAGUGGGGGUAUAUGGUUCCCAGACGGUUAGGGCUGCAUGCGAGAGGCUAUGGGAUGUAUCAGAUAGCAAACGAGUGGUGAUUCUAUACGGCAGCGAGAGAUAGGAACUGGCGCG